AUGGCGCGAUUUCAAGUAUUUAUAUCUCAUGAUUCUCACAUCUUUAUAUGCUCUAAUUAUCUCUGCAUUUUCUUGAUUGUGGUUAUCUGUCUGAACAGAAGCUUACAUGAACCCAUGUACCUGUUUCUGUGCAGCCUGUUUGUAAAUGAACUGUAUGGUAGUACAGGGUUGUUUCUAUUCCUGCUGGUUCAGAUCCUGGCAUUAAGUAAUAUAGCCAUCAUCUCUUAUGACAGAUACCUCGCUAUCUGUUAUCCUCUACAAUAUAACACAUGUAUGACAUUUAACAAGGUCGCCAUGCUUUUGCUGUAAUAUUUUAAGUUAUAUAAUAUUAAGUUAAUUUCUUUGAGUUCCUCUUUAAAGCUGUGUGGGAACAUUACUAACAAAUUAUUCUGUAACAACUACUCUGUCAUCAAACUGGCCUGCUCUGACACCAGAGUGAAUAACAUCUAUGGACUUUUUGGCACUUGUCUUGUCGUCUUCUUUUCUCUAAUUUUAAUUCAAUACACUUAUAUAAAGAUUCUCAAAGUGUGUUUUCCUGGUUAUAAACAGACCAGAGAGAAAGCUGUCAGUACCUGCACACCUCAGGUGGCUUCUCUCAUAAACUUCUCCUUCGGCUAUUUCUUUAAAAUAUUACAGAGCAGGUUUAAUGUGAGUUUACUCAACAUGGUGUGCAUAUUUUUAUCAUUAUACUUUCUCACAUGCCAGCCGCUCUUCAACUAUGUACUGUAUGAACUGAAACUGUCCAAAAUACGCAUCAUAUUUCUAGUCUUUGCUGAACUGCAGGACCUCGAAUCCUUUGAUUCUAUUUGCUCAAUUGGGUCCGAUGAGGCAGUGGUGAGGGUGAAAGACCCAGAUGCUCACCCUUGCUGCAUACCGUGA